AUGGAGGCCUUUACAGUAAUGGCCACCGUUUGCACUGUGCUUUCGCUGCCUCUCUUGGCCGUGUCCUACGCCAAGGACGAUGGGCAUGGCCUGGUGACGGCGUGCUUCAGCCUCUCACAGCCACCGUGCCCCACCUCAAUGAAGGUCGCGGCAAUGGCAGCGCUCGCAUAUCAUGUUGAAUACACCUUGAACUUUCUCUUCGUUGCUUUAUGCAACCCUUUGGCAUUUAGUGUCACCGACAUCGUGCGACGUUUGGGCACGAUCUGCUGUGGCGCCGUGCUGUUCAGCAAACCAAUGACCUUGCUGAACGCACUGGGCGUGGUCAUAUCUUUGGGCGGGGUGAUCACCUACACCGUGGUCUCCAGGCGCAUCGCGGAACGAGAAAGGCACCAGCAGUGGGCGGAGCACUACAAGGCAUUGAAGGAAGACGAUGCGGAG